AAGAUGAAGUGAACCUUUAUAAGUCUGAUUGGCAAGUGAGUGAAAAAGGGUCUAGACCCAUUAAAUUCUCUUUAUUACUUUCCCUUCCUAUAAUUCCCAAAGCAAACAAUAUGAGUAAUAACUCAAAAACUAAUGAGUGCAGCUCAAAUUCAGAACCACAAGCACAAAAGAUUAAACGCACCAAUAGCACCAGCCAUCCAGUUUACCGUGGGGUCCGCAUGCGAAACUGGGGGAAAUGGGUGUCCGAAAUUCGCGAGCCGAGGAAGAAAUCGCGAAUAUGGCUCGGCACAUUUUCCACGCCGGAAAUGGCGGCUAGAGCUCACGACGUAGCCGCUCUUAGCAUAAAAGGAAACGCCGCCAUUCUUAACUUCCCUGAGUUGGCUAACUCGCUACCUCGGCCGGCUUCGCUCGCUCCUCGCGAUGUUCAAGCCGCCGCAACCAAAGCCGCUCAUAUGGAAUUUCCCUCUUCCACAAAUUCUUAUGAAUUGAGUGAGAUCAUUGAACUUCCUCGGUUGGGAAACACUGGUGAUUUUGAAAAGGAGUUUGUCUUUAUAGAUUCCAUUGAUGCUUAUCAGCCUCCAUGCUUGCACACUAUGGAAGAUGUUUUUUGGAUGGGCUUUAUAUAAUAUUUUCUCUCAAAUCAAAUAUAAACAAAUAAGUAUUUUCAAAGUUCAUGUAUUUAAUCUAAAUAUGUUAACUUUUUAAAUACUAUUUUAUUUAUAUUACAAACUAUAGAUUUGAGAGGAGUUUCAUGUUUCUAUAUAUAACUCCUUCACUUAAUCCUUCAUCUGUUUAUUUGAAUGUCAUUAUGUGUGUAUUAAUGUUAUCUUCUCGAUCUUGUUUUGAAUAAACCUCUCUCUUUCUUAUUAUUUUCUUUUUUUUUCAAGAUUUGGCGCGUUUCUCCAGUCACUUGUUGUUUUUUCUGUUAUGAGUGACUGCAAGUGCUACACACUUGUGAAACUCAAUUAUUCUUAUUCUUCAUUCUGUAGUGAAUGAUGUUCUGCUGUGUCUAA